AUGGAUUUGUUGGGGGAUAUUGUCGAGAGAGAUACAGAUUUGUCAGAUGAUGAGCUGUCAAAGAGCCCUGUGUCUAAUAAGAAUGGAUUUCCAGAGCUUUAUAAACCAAAGAAAAUCUCUUCAUGGAAACAACGUCUGAGAGAGAAGAAGCCUGAACCAGCGGCCAGGAAAUCGGAGGCACAAACUAUACAUGAUGAGAAUUUGCAGAGUAUGGAAAAGAUGUCAAAUGAAGAAAUUUUGAGAGAGAAGCAAGAGCUUAUGGAAACCUUGGAUCCUAAACUUUUGCAUCAGUUAAUACGCAACAUCAACAAGAGGUCCAAAGGUGGGCCCCUUUUCGCUGAAAUCGAAGGUGCUUCUGGUACCUGGGUAGGUGGUACCAGUGAGAUGAAAGAUUUACCUUCGUUAAGCGAUGACCAGGUCGAUAGGGCUCUAGGUAUUGAACCAAUGGAAGCAGCGGAACAAGUAGAAUCCGAGCCAAGUGAGAGAGAUAUUGAGGAUGAGGAUGAUGUCGCUCCUCUGGAUUUCCAAAUCGCUCAAACAGUCGACCAUAUGACCAAUGAAGAGCUUCUGAAGGACGUUCAUUUUGUUACCCAUGAUCAUUGCCACGAUGAGCAGAAACUUGAUAUAAAUGAUCCUGAUUUCGACCAAAAAUUGCAUGACAAGUUCUUUCCAGAUUUACCCAAGGAUGUUGAGAAGUUACAGUGGAUGAAAGCUUCCCCAGAUGAAGAAAAGCCCACAGUUAUUGAAGAUGUUUCCCAUUGUAGGUUUGAUUUUAACGGUAAUUUAGUGCCACCUACCAGAGAGAUUACUUCUACGACACACUCGGCUCUACAUCAUCACUCGGAUGAUGCUCAUUUAGCAGGGUACACAAUACCGGAAUUGCAAAGACUUUCAAGAUCCACAUAUCCAGCUCAGAGAGCUAUUGCUGUACAAACUUUGGGCCGUAUCCUUUAUAAGCUCGGGAAACAAUCCUACUACCAACUGGUCCCCGAAGUGGAUCUGGAGACCUACCAAGAGGACGGAAGUACCAUCAAAGUGGUGGAAAAGAUUUACGGUAUGUUUUGGGAUCUUGUUCGGGAUUGUAGAAUACCGGAGUGUUUACAAGAUGCAGCUGACGAGAAAAAGACAAGUCAUUUAUCAACUAGAAAUUAUGCAUUAGAUGCGCUCUGGUUGUGGAAAAAAGGUGGUGGUGAUUUUAGAAAGAGUGACAAGUAG